AUGUCGACGACGAUAGAGACAUUCAACCCUGCCGCCUUAAGUCGAGCUGAUUCUAUUCCGACAUCGCUGCAGGUGAACAAGACCGUCGCAGCCUCCUCGAGCAAGAAUGCAAAGUACGGCAAUGGUGCUAUUCCUCAACGCAUCGACUUUGAACCACUCUAUACCGAUCUCAAGGCCCUCAUUGGGAGCCAUUGGAGUACCUAUCAAGAUGCGCUGUCAAAAUUCGUACUAGGCCGACUCUCUGCCACCGAGUUCAGCGACUUAACCGAUUCUUUCCUUCUCGGCUCGCCUCAAACAGAACACGCCCACAACGCGCUCAUCUGCGCCAUCCUCUACAAUGUAUCACGUGAGAAGCCAGAUCAUCUCGGUCCAGCAAUAUGGGUCACAGCCGCAACAGAUAAGUCCUCCACCGCUGGCCCAUCAAAACCCAACAUUGCGAGCGAUGCGGGGGAACAGCGCCUCAAAGUCGAGGUCAUGGCUUUACCCGCCCGGGAUAGAAGAAGACUAAAAGGCAUCGGCGGUGGCGGCGACAGACCAGAAGACGACAGUUCGCUGAAGAGAAAAUACGAGGACUACUACCAAGCAGGCAAGAUUCGAGUCCCAGAGAACGUCCCCCCAAGCGCCGGAGGCCUCAACAAAACGAACUGGGACCUCGAAAUUCGCAAACGCUACACCCAGCCCCUCUUCUCGGAGACAUUGGAAUUCCCUGACGCGGCCGGCAUCUUCUCGCGCAUGAUCCCAAUCUGCUACGAAGAAUCCGUCGCCUCAGGAUCCAGCAUGCCCUGCGCUGAAUUAGUCGCAGUAGCGACAGAGACUUACGUCAAAGAUCUCCUUAGCAGUGUCUUCAAUCGCACGAGAGCCAACGGUCCAAAGUACGACAACGGCGCCGCCGGCGGCGUUUCUACAGGUGCGUACCUGCGCCAACUGGAGCGCGAAGAGCACGACUUCCGUAACGGAAAGAUACAAAAGGGCCGGGAUACCGGCUUGCUGCCCGUUGAGAACCGAGAAGCCGUUGCCAGACGACCGAUCGGGAUCACGGACUUGAAAGUCGCCAGUGGUGUUGGCAGAGGUCUCUGGAAUGGGAUGCCGCUGAUCGGAAGUCGAGUCGCUGAAGCAGCAUAUGGCAAUGAAUUCGAUGACGUUGUGGAAGAGAGGAGACGAGCAGGAGAGACGGCUGCGGCUGCCGCAGGUGUAGGAGCGGCGGCGUUGAAAAAUCAGCAUCCCCAUACUACCUCGGAGCAUCCUACGACAGAUGAGAUGGAUGUCGACGACGAUGACUAUGGCUGGCCUGGUGGCGGGGCAGCGGAUCGAGAGGCGUUGGGAUCUUUACUCGAGGAUUACCUCUCCAUUCGCGCCUGA